GUCAAAAGCGGAUCAUAUUGCAACAAUUCCUCUUAAUGAGCAAAGAACUCUUACUGCGGAUUGGUAUACCACCAUCUGUUUGCCAAACUUUUUUACUUUCCCGAAAAUUAAAAGCAGACUGCGUGGACAAAGGUUCCAGUCACCAGAAGAACAUUUGACGCAUUCAAAAAUGCCGUUUUGGAUCCGCCAGCAAACGAGUGGAAUAAGUGCUUCGAAAACUGGUUCAAGCGCAUGCAGAUGUGUAUUAACCUUCGUGGUGAACA